UUCUUCAUAUCAACCAUUAAACAUCUGAUAGAUUGUGGCCAAAAAAAAAAAAAAGGUGCCAGGUAGGCGGACCUUAUACCUCACGGCCAAUAGAAUGGUUCAAAAGGGAGGAACGACGCCUACCUGGCCUGCGGUUGGUGGAGGGUGAAGUUGCCCCUAUAAGCUUAUCUUGGGUCAGUUUUGCAGGUUCAAAUCCAAUAAAACUUUAUUAGUCACAUGCUUUGUAAACUACAGCUGUAGACUAACAGUGAAAUGCUUUCUUACGGGCCAUUUCCCAACAAUGCAGAGAGAAAUAUUUUGAAAUAAUAUAAAAAUAAUAACACAAGGAAAAAUACACAAUGAUUAAUGAUACCAUGGCUUUAUACACUGGGUACCGGUACCCAAUGGUAUGAAGUACUUAAGUAAAAAUACUUUAUAGUAUUACCUAAGUAGUUUUUUUGGUUAUCUGCACAUUAAUUAAAUUAAUGUACGAUUUAUAUUUUUGACAACUUUUACUUUUACUUCACUACAUUCCUAAAGAAAAUAAUGUACUUUUUAUUCCGUACAUUUUCCCUGACAUCCAAAAGUACUCGUUACAUUUUGAAUGCUCAGCAGGACAGGAAAAUGGUCCAAUUCACACAUUUAAAGAGGAAAAUCCCUGGUCAUCUCUACUGCAUCUGAUCUGGCAGACUCACUAAACACAAAUGCUUUGUUUGCAAAUUAUGAGUGUUGGAGUGUUCCCCUGACUAUCUGUAAUGAUGUCUGAGUGUUGGAGUGUUCCCCUGGCUAUCUGUAAAUGAUGUGUGAGUGUUGGAGUGUUCCCCUGACUAUCUGUAAUGAUGUGUGAGUGUUGGAGUGUUCCCCUGACUAUCUGUAAUGAUGUGUGAGUGUUGGAGUGUUCCCCUGACUAUCUGUAAUGAUGUCUGAGUGUUGGAGUGUUCCCCUGGCUAUCUGUAAAUUAUGUGUGAGUGUUGGAGUGUUCCCCUGGCUAUCUGUAAUGAUGUCUGAGUGUUGGAGUGUUCCCCUGGCUAUCUGUAAUGAUGUCUGAGUGUUGGAGUGUUCCCCUGGCUAUCUGUAAAUGAUGUCUGAGUGUUGAGUGUUCCCCUGGCUAUCUGUAAAUUAUGUGUGAGUGUUGGAGUGUUCCCCUGACUAUCUGUAAUGAUGUCUGAGUGUUGGAGUGUUCCCCUGGCUAUCUGUAAAUUAUGUGUGAGUGUUGGAGUGUUCCCCUGGCUAUCUGUAAUGAUGUCUGAGUGUUGGAGUGUUCCCCUGGCUAUCUGUAAUGAUGUCUGAGUGUUGGAGUGUUCCCCUGGCUAUCUGUAAUGAUGUCUGAGUGUUGGAGUGUUCCCCUGGCUAUCUGUAAUGAUGUCUGAGUGUUGGAGUGUUCCCCUGACUAUCUGUAAUGAUGUCUGAGUGUUGGAGUGUGCCCCUGGCUAUCUGUAAUGAUGUCUGAGUGUUGGAGUGUUUCCCUGGCUAUCUGUAAAUGAUGUGUGAGUGUUGGAGUGUUCCCCUGGCUAUCUGUAAUGAUGUGUGAGUGUUGGAGUGUGUCCCUGGCUAUCUGUAAUGAUGUCUGAGUGUUGGAGUGUUCCCCUGGCUAUCUGUAAUGAUGUCUGAGUGUUGGAGUGUUCCCCUGGCUAUCUGUAAUGAUGUCUGAGUGUUGGAGUGUUCCCUGGCUAUCUGUAAAUGAUGUCUGAGUGUUGGAGUGUUUCCCUGGCUAUCUGUAAAUUAUGUGUGAGUGUUGGAGUGUUCCCCUGGUUAUCUGCAAUGAUGUCUGAGUGUUGGAGUGUUCCCCUGGCUAUCUGUAAAUGAUGUCUGAGUGUUGGAGUGUUCCCCUGGCUAUCUGUAAAUGAUGUCUGAGUGUUUUUUGCAAACAAGAAAACUGUGCCGUCUGGUUUGCUUAAUAUAAGGAAUUUGAAAUUAUUUAUACUUUUACUUUUACUUUUGAUACUUAAGUAUAUUUUAACAAUUACAUAUAUUUUUGAUAAUUAAGUACAUUUUAAACCAAAUAUUUUUAGACUUUAACUCAAGUAGUAUUUUACUAGGUGACCUUUACUUUUACUUGAGUCAUUUUCUAUUAAGGUAUCAUUACUUUUACUCAAGUAUGACAACUGGGUACUUUUUCCACCACUGCCAGUACCGAGUUGAUGUGCAGGUGUACGAUGUAGUUGAGGUAGAUAUGUACAUAUAGGUAGGGAUAAAGUGACUAAGCAACAGGAUAGAUAAUAAACCCUAGCACCAGUGUAUGUGAAGAGUCCCAAAAAUUGUUAGUGGAAUAACGUUCAAUGCAGAUGAAUCUGGGUAGCUAUUUAACUAACUAUGUAACUAACUAUUUAACUAACUAUUUAGUAUGUCAUAAGGUGAAUGCACCAAUUUGUAAGUCGCUCUGGAUAAGAGCGUCUGCUAAAUGACUUAAAUGUAAAUGUAAUGUAAAUGUAGUAGUCUUAUGCCUUGGAGGUUGAAGCUGUUCAGGAUCCUGUUGGUUCCAGACUUGGUGCAUCGGAACCGCUCGCCAUGCGGUAGCAGAGAGAACUGUCUAUGACUGGGGUGGUUGGAGUCUUUGACUAUUUUUACGGCCUUCCACUGACACCGCCUGGGAUAGAGGUCCUGGAUGGCAGGAAGCUUGGCCCCAGUGAUGUACUGGGCCGUACGCACUACCCUCUGUAGCGUCUUACGGUCAGAUGCCAAGCAGUUACCAUACCAAGUGGUGAAGCAGCCAGUCAAGAUGCUCUCAAUGGUGCCUUUCUGAGGAUCUGAGGGCUCAUGCUGAAUCUUCUUCCUGAGGGGAAAGAGGUGUUGUCUUCACGACUGUACUGUGUGUGUGUGGACCAUGAUAAUUCCUUAUUGAUGUGGACACCGAGGAACUUUAAACUCUCGACUCGCUCCACUACAGCCCCAUCAAUGUGCUCGGCUCUCGGUUUCCUGUAAUCCACGAUCAGCUCCUUUACCUUGUUGACGUUGAGGGAGAGGUUGUUAUCCUGACACCACACUGCCAGGUCUGUGACCCCCUCCCUAUAGGCUGUCUCAUCAGGCCAACCACCGUCGAGUCGUCAGUAAACCUAAUGAUGGUGUUGGAGUCAUGCAACAGUGGGUGAACAGGGGGUACAGGAAUCACCCCUGAGGGGUCCCCUUGUUGAGAGUCAGCGUGGUGGAUGUGUUGUUACCUACCCUUACCACCUGGGGGCGGCCUGUCAGGAAGUCCAGGAUCCACUUGCAGAGGGAGGUGUUCAGUCCCAGGGUCCUGAGCUUAGUGAUGAGUUUGAAGGGCACAAUGGUGUUGAAUGCUGAGCUAUCAAUGAGGGAUCAUAGCUUUCACCUGGUCAGUCUAUGUCAUGGAAAAGAGCAGCUGUUCCUAAUGUUUUGUACACUCAGUGUAUAAUGUCCUUAUUCAGUCAUGAUUCUGAAAAGCAUAAGAUAUUACAGUUGUUGGGGUCUUGUUGAUGGGAUAGUCCCGAAUGGAUCUCCUCCAGGUUGUUGGGGUCUUGUUGAUGGGAUAGUCCCGAAUGGAUCUCAUCCAGGUUGUUGGGGUCUUGUUGAUGGGAUAGUCCCGAAUGGAUCUCCUCCAGGUUGUUGGGGUCUUGUUGAUGGGAUAGUCCCGAAUGGAUCUCCUCCAGGUUGUUGGGGUCUUGUUGAUGGGAUAGUCCCGAAUGGAUCUCCUCCAGGUUGUUGGGGUCUUGUUGAUGGGAUAGUCCCGAAUGGAUCUCAUCCAGGUUGUUGGGGUCUUGUUGAUGGGAUAGUCCCGAAUGGAUCUCAUCCAGGUUGUUGGGGUCUUGUUGAUGGGAUAGUCCCGAAUGGAUCUCAUCCAGGUUGUUGGGGUCUUGUUGAUGGGAUAGUCCCGAAUGGAUCUCCUCCAGGUUGUUGGGGUCUUGUUGAUGGGAUAGUCCCGAAUGGAUCUCCUCCAGGUUGUUGGGGUCUUGUUGAUGGGAUAGUCCUGAAUGGAUCUCAUCCAGGUUGUUGGGGUCUUGUUGAUGGGAUAGUCCCGAAUGGAUCUCCUCCAGGUUGUUGGGGUCUUGUUGAUGGGAUAGUCCCGAAUGGAUCUCCUCCAGGUUGUUGGGGUCUUGUUGAUGGGAUAGUCCCGAAUGGAUCUCAUCCAGGUUGUUGGGGUCUUGUUGAUGGGAUAGUCCCGAAUGGAUCUCAUCCAGGUUGUUGGGGUCUUGUUGAUGGGAUAGUCCCGAAUGGAUCUCAUCCAGGUUGUUGUGGUCUUGUUGAUGGGAUAGUCCCGAAUGGAUCUCCUCCAGGUUGUUGGGGUCUUGUUGAUGGGAUAGUCCCGAAUGGAUCUCCUCCAGGUUGUUGGGGUCUUGUUGAUGGGAUAGUCCCGAAUGGAUCUCAUCCAGGUUGUUGGGGUGUUGUUGAUGGGAUAGUCCCGAAUGGAUCUCAUCCAGGUUGUUGGGGUCUUGUUGAUGGGAUAGUCCCGAAUGGAUCUCCUCCAGGUUGUUGUGGUCUUGUUGAUGGGAUAGUCCCGAAUGGAUCUCGUCCAGGUUGUUCUCCAGUGUACAAUAGAACAGCGGAGAGGAGGAGGAGGAGGAGACGAGGAAGAUGAGGUUGUAGAGGUGGUUUAUUUAGCUCGUCUGCCUCUCUUCCGCUUUCCAGUCCCCGUGGAUUAGUGCCUGGUCCGGAACGAGCAGUACAUCCACAGCUGCCGACUCGUUGAAGUAAAAAUCUUAAUCCAAAUCGAGGUUAGUGAUCGCUGUUCUGAUGUCCAGAAGAUGUUUUCGGUUUGUAGGAAAUGAUCUCGGAAACAUUAUGUAAAAUAAAUAAGUUAAGACCACAAAAUAAUAACAAUGGGGGCGCAGAAUUGGUCAGGAGCCUGCAAGACAGCAGCUAUCCUCUGCAGUCCCGUCAUUUUCAGUUAUGACUGGGGGAGGGGAAGCUGAUCCUAGAUCUGUCCCUAGUGGAAACUUCACCCUUCUGCAGUGUGGUCGGAGCUCAAUCAAGUUCAUCCAAUCCCUCCACACCAUCAUAAGCCCCAGUCCACUGCAAAGGAUGCUGGGAGUUGUAGGCGUCUGUUUGGAGUGUGUGACUGCAGCUGUGUGUGUCCUCUCCUGUUUUCUCUGCUGUAUACAGCGAUAGCAAUAAUUCCUCUCACUCUACCUUUCUCUUUCUUUCGUUCUCAUUUUUCUGUUAUUGUCGAUCUCCACCCCCCCAUCCUUCUUGUUCACAACCCAGGCUAGGUUUGGUUCCUGUAGUGGUGUGAUGUGUGUGUGUUUGGUGUAGUCGUCUGUAUUACAGUAUUUGUUCUGU